CGCUAUCAUCACAGCGGAAAGCUUCCACCUCUGGACGGCGUUUCUCAUUGUUUUGCGUUGCCAAUUGACUCUUCGCUCUGCUCCUCGGAACCGCCGCAUCUCAGCCUGCAACCUGAUCCUGCUGAUCGUCAUGGCACUCCUCCACCGCAUCUUAGCUCCGUCGAGCAGAGGAGCUUUGCGACACGGCCCCGGCAUCGCUCUGAUCCUCGCCCGCCGAGCUUCCAAUCUGGCGCCUCCCAAGCUCAAAGAUCCUUCGUUGUUGAAGCAGAACGUGUGCUAUGUCAACGGUGAAUGGGUUCCGGCCAAGUCAGGCAAGACAUUCGAGGUCACUGAUCCGUCCACGGGCGCCCUCAUUGGAACAUGCCCUGAGUUCGACACCAAUGACGCCCAAUCUGCCAUUGUCGCCGCUGCCGAUGCCUUCCCGGCGUUCCGUGCGAAGACAGGCCGUGAGCGCUCCAAGCUGCUGCGCGCCUGGUACGACCAGAUGAUCGAUAAUGCAGAUGACAUUGCUACCCUAAUUACCUGGGAGAAUGGAAAGCCGCUCGCAGACGCCAAGGGAGAAGCUACGUACGCGGCCAAUUUCCUGGAGUGGUUUAGUGAGGAGGCGCCGCGAGUCUACGGCAAUACCAUACCCACCUCCGUGCCCGGAAACCGAGUCUGGACCCUUAAGGAGCCUGUUGGAGUAUGCGGAUUGAUCACCCCGUGGAACUUCCCCGCGGCCAUGAUCACGAGGAAGAUCGGCCCUGCGCUGGCAGCGGGUUGCACCGUCGUCUGCAAGGCUCCCGGCGAGACUCCCUAUACUUCCUUAGCCCUGGCCGAGCUCGCUCACCGAGCGGGCAUCCCCAAGGGUGUUGUUAAUAUUGUGACGUCCUUGGACAACACCCCUGAGCUUGGAGAGCUUCUCACUUCAUCGCCUACUAUCAAGAAGAUCUCAUUUACCGGUUCCACCGGGGUCGGCAAGCUCUUAAUGAAGCAGUCUUCCAGUACCCUCAAGAAGCUCUCGAUGGAGCUCGGUGGAAACGCCCCGUUUAUUGUAUUUGACGAUGCCGAUGUUGAUGCUGCUGUUGCGGGUGCUAUUGCCUCAAAGUUCCGCUCCUCAGGUCAGACCUGCGUGUGUGCGAACCGCAUCUACGUGCAAAAGGGUAUCUACGACGAGUUCGCCCAGAAGCUCACCGAGAAGGUUGAGGCGUUCCGCGUGGGCAAUGGUUUCGGGGAGGGUAUCACCCAUGGACCUCUCAUCCACGACCGAGCCGUCUCCAAGGCCGAGGCCCACGUUCAAGAUGCCGAGCAGAAGGGCGGCAAGGUGACCAUCGGUGGCCAGCGAAUCACGGACCUCGGCCCGAACUUCUACGCACCCACCGUUAUCAGGGACAUGACCCCCGAGAUGGACAUGGCGUCCCAGGAGACAUUUGGCCCUGUUGCCGGCCUGUUUCCCUUUGAGACGGAGGAGGAGGUAGUGAAGAUGGCCAACGACACUAAUGUGGGCCUUGCUGGUUAUUUCUUCUCCAAGGAUAUUGAGCGGGUGCACCGCAUCGCCGAGAGCCUUGAAGUUGGCAUGGUCGGCGUCAACACAGGUCUGAUCUCAGAUCCUGCGUCACCCUUCGGCGGUGUCAAGGAGAGUGGCUUUGGCCGCGAGGGAUCUCUGGACGGUAUCGCCGAGUACCAGGUCACGAAGAUGGUGACGUCCGGUGGAAUGGGCAAACCCCUGCACAUCAAGUGCUUGAGAGGUUUAAGUAGCUCCAGUAAUCGCCAUUAUAAUGAGAAGAGGAGAUAUGGGCUGGGUGUAAUUACUAUGGUUUGGAUACCUAGAGCACAAAUGCAGCUUUCUGAUCGGUAUGCCGUAGCGCGCGAAGGGAAAAAUACCCGACCUCUUCUCAUGGCUUCGGAGCCCAAAGCUAAGGUUCAUCUGGCCAUGGCAUUCUCACGAGCCAAUGCGCCUGCAAGGCACUGCCUGCGCCUCCUGGCGUCCGAAGGACCGGCUUUCCAGAGCCUCCCUCGACGAAGCAUAACCGCCGCCCUUCCCACUCAGUCCACCGUCCGUCUCUUCAGCUCUUCGACGCCCCUCCUGAAGAAGCGCAAGAUCGCCAUUCCCACGGACAGCCCCAAACACAGGGAUGCUGUUGCUAGCAAUGACGCCCCAGCUCCAUCUUCCAAGUCCUCCAAAUCCUCCUCUCCCAAGGCUGGCCAGGCCAACCCCGAAGACCCCCUCGACUUCUCCAUCGUGACUGACGCCUACGCACCCAUCGACGCCCACUUCAAGGCCCAGCUCGCUGGCAUGGUCCACGGCGGCCGCUUCAACCCGACCAACCUCGGCGCCCUCCCCGUCUCCGUCAAGGACCCCGGCGCCGAUGCCGCCGCGUCCUUCCCGCUUAGCGAGCUCGCUCAGGUCGUGCCCCGCUCCGGCCGCACCAUCUCCCUGCUCGUCAACGACAAGGACUACAUCAAGCCCAUCAUGUCCGCCGUCCAGGCCAGCCGCGAGUUCAACCAGCAGCCUCAGCGUUCCGAAGACAACGAUCUCGAGCUGCUCCUCAAGGUCGAGCUCGAGCGCAAGGAUGACGUCGCUCGCCGCAUCAAGGAGACCAUGCAGGCGUACCGCGAGCGCAUCCGCCAGGUGCGUUCUCGACAUGAAAAGACGCUGAAGGACUGGAAGAAGAACGGCACUGUGCUGCCGGACGCUGUGAAGCGAGCCGAGAAGGAGCUCCAAAAGGUGCAAGACAAGAAGAUGAAGGAGCUCGACCAGGAGGAGGCCCAGAUGAUCCGCCAGCUGUAAUGGAGUUGCAGGUACGUAUAUGGUGUUAUGUAGCUGUACGAUCAAACAAAAGGGCUCAGAAGUUGCCAAAAAGGCAUGUUAAGAGACUACAACCGCGAAAAGGUGGAUGGGACGUUGUAUAUAUUACUACAUAUCGUGACAAAAGUGUACACUGGU